AUGGAGACACGAGCUCAGCUGGCUCCAGAAUGUUUUCCCGGCGUGUAUCGCACACUGAGAAACCCAUAUCGCAGUGUGGAUUUCGACUCGCUGCAUCUACAAAACACCGCCAUCCAGGAUGUCAUCUGUGAUCACUCACUCUCACCCGGAUGGUAUCGCUUCUUCAUCCACGACAGCCCCGCUGAGAUGCCCACCAGCUGUGUGGAGAUGAAUCGUUGUGGGACCCAGGCCCCAGUAUGGCUCUCUCUGGGUGAGUCCUCUCUCCCGUCUCCUGGGGAAGUCAGGCGUUUUUCAGCUUGUGCUACGUGGCAAUUUUCUCACAGCACAACGAAAGACUGCUGCCUGUUCCGAAUCCCUGUCACUGUGCGCAACUGUGGCCACUUCAUGCUCUAUUACCUACAGCCCACACAGGGGUGCAUGGGAUACUGCGCUCACGGCCAGCCAGUCGAGAUCACAGAUUUAGAGAACAGUGGGUUGUGCGAUAUCCGGACGUUCAGUUGCGAUCGUGUGAGAGUUUUUGGACUAGGAUUCAUCAACUCACACAAACUUAUCUGCCUUAUCACCAAAUUUAUGCCUGUAAACGAUUUGUGGGUCGGUGGAGAGGAGCAGCGGACAAAAGCGUCGUAUCUGAGCUCAAAGGCUGUUGACUGUGCUGUUCCACGUCUCAGUAACAUGGCCAACGACAACAUGGACUUCCUGUCUGAUCAGCAGCCGUAUGCACAGUGGGAGAUAAAAGUCUCUAAUGAUGGAAAUGUGUUCAGUAAUGGGAAAAUAUUCACGCUCUAUGAUGGAGUUUGCCAGCAGUGUUUGCCAGAUCAUUCCGGACUCUGUAAGUUAAAGGAGGGGGUGUGCAGUAUAGAGGGGGUGUGUGUUCCCGAUGGAGACGUCAGUCCGUCCACUCCGUGUCUUGUGUGUAACUCAUCGGAAUCCACACACACCUGGACUCUCAAUCACGCGAACCGUCCACCCUUAUUCCUCACUCCAGACCCCAGCCUACGCUCUUUUAUCGGGGAGAAUUUUGUAUAUCGGGUGACGGCGUCGGAUCCAGAGGGAUCAGAUGUGUUCUUCCAGUUAGAGAUCGGACCCAAGGAAGCAUCACUUUCACACUCGGGGCUCAUCAGCUGGAGAGUAACAACAGAGGGGAGCCAGAGCUUUAGUUUCACCGUCACUGAUGAGUGUGAUGCACGCAGCACAUACAGCAUACAGGUGAUGGUAAGACCAUGCGGGUGUGCGAAUGGUGGUUCCUGUGUGUCCAACAUCAAGCAUCCAGCAGGAAGUGGCGAGUAUGUGUGUGUCUGCCCACCUGGUUUCAGUGGUGACCUGUGCCAAGAAGAGAAUGACUUUUGCGGGUCAGGUCUGUGUCUCACAGGAGAGUGUGUGAGCAAGGAGGAUGGAUUCAAGUGUAUUUGUCCGGAAGGACUGACAGGGCUGAUGUGUCAUGAGGACGUCAAUGAGUGUGAGAGGGCACCGUGCUUUACCAGUGUGUCGUGUGUUAAUACGUUUGGCUCAUUUACAUGCGGAAGCUGCCCUGUAGGAACACUAGGAGACGGCGUCACUUGCACAGCUGUUGAACAGAACAACUCGUCGCCGUGUAUGGCUCGUCCAUGUUUUCGGGGAGUGCAGUGUCUUGGCCUCCUCCCUCCGUACACUGGUUAUGUCUGCGCCCGCUGCCCGCCUGGGUACCACGGCAAUGGACGCAUUUGCAUCAAACACCUGAAACUGACCACUCUUUCUGUCAGUCAUGGCAAUAGAAACAAUUUGCCCCACACCUCCCUUGAAUCGCCCCAUCUUCAUUUACCUCCCCGACAUUUGGGACAGCUCCAGAAUAAACUUUUGACUUCUCCACUAAUGACAAAGAAUAAAGACUCUGCAGUGCUCAAUUUUCGACACACAUCUGUCGCCAGCAGCAGCAGCAGCAGCAGCAGCCCAACUUCACAUUCGUACACGGACUUUAAUAACCUCAGAGUGUUUUCGGGUGGAUUUAUUGGUCCAUCCCGAGAAAUAAUCCCUCGCUCAGAACAGCAACAUCAGCCACUAACAAGCUCUGUGGGGUUAAAAACAUCGUCGCCGAACGACGUGACCUUCGACGACUUGGAUUUUUCCGCUGAUGGAGAGUUGUUGAAAUUACCGCUUGAUUACUCCCACAGUGCUCAGCCGCCUGUGAUGGUAAACUUAGUGAUCCAGGGAGGGCAGAACCUAAUCCACACCACUGCUUCACUGGACAAGUGGCUGCGCUGUGGGGGUGUGAGCUGUUUCCCUGGUGUGCGGUGCAGGCAUGUCGGGAAGAAAACGGUCAGGUGUGGCAGGUGUCCAUCAGGCUACGUGGGAGAUGGAAAGACAUGCAGAGUCGUUUGCAGACAACGAUGUCCCAGUAACAUGCAGUGCGUAGCGCCGGACAUUUGCGGCUGUAAACCAGGAUACACAGGCCUGAACUGUCAAACAGCGAUGUGCUUUCAGAAGUGUCUGAAUGGAGGAGCGUGUGUUGGGGCCACGUGCCACUGCAGUCCUGGAUGGCAGGGUACGGCGUGUCAGACACCAAUCUGUCAGCGGAGGUGUAUGUUCGGUGGUCGGUGUGUGAAGCCCAAUGUGUGUGCUUGCAGGGCAGGAUACACAGAACAAGCAUGUUCUAGGAAGACAUCUCCUCUUGCAUUGUGACCUGAAGCUAAAUCUGGAUAAAACUAAACUUGUCUACCUUCCUGUAAUGAAGUCCACUAGAUAGGAACAGUCAAGUAUCAUAGACAGUCUAUCUGUCCCUCCGGUCAACACACAGCACAGCGGUAGCCUUUGUUUGGAUCUGGACAACAAGUUUCAACUUUUCUGAUCCAGUCAUUCACCACAUCUCCACUACACAGCCUUCAGACUGGUGCUGUUUAACUGGUUCACUAUCUACAAAAGCUCUCAUUUGCGAUUCUAUACUGUUUCAGUUGUUCUGCUGAAGAUCUGAUGAUUGCUGUGCUCUAGCUAAUGUAAUGAUGGUGUGGUGUUCUCCAGAAUGCUCAGAAAUGACCCAUGACCCAAAGUAGUCUAUAUGUAAGGUCUAAAUGUAAACAGAUUGGUAAGACUGUAUGCUCUGAUGUUAUCAAUUUUGCUCUGGUAGGUAUGUGAUGUACAAUUGAAGCUUUUAUAAAUCUGUACUGUAUGUUCUUUCCAUCUUAAAGUCAGAAAAAGACACAAUCAGCACACUGGUGUGUAUUCUAUAACUGAUUCUGCACAGACACAAACAUGGAUGCAAGAUUUUUUUUACUUGAAGCAGUUACAGCUGAGAAUAUUCUCAUUUUUUCUAUGUUAUAUUAAACCUGGCUGUUUAAAUG